AGUUUAUCGUGAGUCGCGGCAACUAUUGUUGUGUGUCUCUAUCACAAGAGUGUUCAUUUUCACAUUUUUUUUUUAAAUUUAAAUCCUUCAUCCACCACACCUAUCGAAGUCCUCUGCAUAUCGGUUUUAUUGCCCUAUUUUCCAGUGCAAUGCAUUUUAGUUCUCAGUUAAUCCUCUUUGUGCUUGGAAAUUGACUCAACUUAUUUAGGAAAUAUAUUAAAUGGUGUUUUUAAAGAGAAUCCCGUGAAUUUGCAUUUUCCUUGUGUGUGCUUUAACAAUGAUGAUGGUGUAUAAAUUACUUGUGCAAACGUUGGAUUAUUUGAACUGACAGAAGGAACCUUGAAGUCAUCUUAGCUGUUGGUGGACGUUGGAGAGUUAUAUUACAUAUGAGUGGGUGAAGAGUUGAAAAGAAAACACAGAAGAAAUGGCAUAUGUAGUGUGGAGAGUUCUUAUGAAAAAGUACACCAAAGCUCGUCUUGGAAUACAGCGAAAUCCUCAACUUUUAAUUACACCAACUAAUUCUGCUGGUGCACAGAAUAUACCCAGAGAUUUUGAACAUGAGGGAUGCAAAUCUUCCAAAGAAUCACACACGCUUCAGGUUUCCCAGACAAGUGCUGGUCCAUCCCCUGUAGCAUCGGAUGACAUAAGUAUUGUAGUGGAAAAUAGUGAUGGUGGAUUUAUACGUGGGGAAAUGCGUCGAAGUAAAUCACGCGUCCGAUCAUAUUUGAGGCGUUGCAAGGAAGCUCUCAUUGGUACUCCUGCUGCUGAAGAAAAUUGUCCCACUACCCAUGAAGCUGUCUCACAGGCACCUUCCACAACUUCUUGGUACUAUGAAACCACCCCAGAAGAUGGAGUAAAUGUUCAGAGUACUAAAGAAGCACUGAAUGAGAGUGCUUCCACAGAGGAUACCUUGGCAAUAUCCCCACAAAAUACUUCGCUUGCCCCAGCUGAGAGCAUCUAUCCCGUAAAUGAGGACGGUUGCAGUGUGGCGACGCUUGUGGACAGGUAUCUGAGUCAUCUCUAUCCAGGCUACCAUGACCAUGUGCGUUCAUUGCUAGUACGUCAGGCCCGUGAUCUUCUGGUGUGCACCUUCCAUGGGAAUCUGAGUCGCUUCGAGGCAGAGUUUUUAGCACCAGGAGCCAAACUCAUCGAAGACAUCAAACGAGUCUGUUCAUGUGGAUCGACUCUGUCCUGGCGUCCUGGCUGGCCUCUAUGUGUAUCUGGGGCUCUGGUGCUCCACUUGGGUGCCCUCGAGGAGUCACUGGUGCGUCCGCAGGAUAUCUACUUAUGUGUAAAACCGAACCCGAGUGAGAAAUCCAGCGAAAGGAAUCAGCCUCAGUUGCAGGCAGUUUGGCAUUCAUCCAAGACAGGCAUCAUCUAUCGGCGCCUCAGUCCACAGAGAGACGCACUAAGUCCGCUGGCAAUUGAAAUGCUGGCGGACGAUCUGCCACAGUUGCUCCAGAGUCUGUUGGUGGGAGUCGAACGGGUCAUCUGUCGGCUGCCACUAGAUGAUUUGACUUUCCCCGCAUCAGCGGCUGUGGAGGAGGCUCUAGCUGAGGAGGAAAAUGGAAAUUCAGCUGCACCACGACGACUUCCUGAGAGCACUAUAAAGCGCCGUGAGCUGAUAACGCGAAACACCAUGAUUAGCAACAAGUACACACUUUUGAGAGCCAUCAAGAGCGAAUCCGGCAACACGGAUUCCACAGGAGCAGCAUCCUCGGGCGAUUGCACGACACCAGAGUCGGCAUCCAUGCCACUCUUCUGUCUGGGUGGAUCUUUUCCUCAUAUUGACAGUGACGAAGAAAGUGGCGAUGAGACGAAAAAAACAAACACCACGCCAGUGGUUAAUGUUCCUCAAGAAAUAACCCCGCCCAAAUCAAUACAAGACGUACCGGAGAAACUACUAAUGGCAGGAAUUUACUUACCAGGAACAAAAGACAAAAACAAUACUUCGAUUAUCGUGAUCGAAGCUCAAAAAUUGAUGGAGGCAGCAGUCAAUUGCUACGAAAUAGCCACUGUUUUUCUAUAUUACAGCACAGUACCUACUAGUCCCGUCCCUUUUACCAUCCACUUGGUGGCGAAUGAAAGUGCACACCUUAGCGUUGUGGACCUCUUGGACAGCAGCCUCCAGUUGGUGCAUGGUCAUGUCGCCGUCAAGCGCGUUAUCGUGUCCGGGACAUUCCAGAUAUCAGCAGCAGAUCAGAAGCGAUCGUCCAGAGAUCACUUGCCAGCGAGUCAUGUUGAGAUUAAGUACUGCUGCUGUCCGUCUGAUUCAUCAAUCAGUAAUUACAUAAGCCCACGAAACAUCCUGAGAGCACACGGUGGCGAAUGCGACCACGAUCAACAACAAUGGCGGGAGUUCUUCAUUGCCCUCGAGCCAAUUCAAAGUCAGUGUAUUUCGGUGGGAAAGAAACUAGUUACCGUAAUGGGAGACAUCAGGAAUUCUGAUCAACAGGGUGUUCCCUCGAGAAGACAACUCCAUUCACAGCAUCGCGCCCUCAGUCGAGCUCUGAUGGAUCCUGAAUUGCAGAAUUUGCGUCGGAAGGGGUUGGCCACGCUGUCGCGCCUCCAGGAACGAGCACAGCGUAUCUCGGAUAGAACUCCUCAGGCGGAAGAUGACAAUCACCGUACCGAGGAAGAGUCAUGUGAGCUGGACCAUGUGGCGAUGCGCCUGCAAGAGGUGGUGACCAUAUUCCAUGAAGUUGAUCGUGCGGCACUGAGGCUGGAGCAAAUGACUGAGCAGCGCAGAGAGAGACUUCGUGAAAUGACUCGCCAGCGGGCACUCGAGGAUGAAAUCAAUGAGGUCUUAACGUGGAUGCGAAACGACGGUGAUGAAUCUCUGCAUAAAUAUACACAAGUUCCACUGGAAUCGGGCGACAUAAUUAAAGAUCAAGAGCAAGAUUUUGAGAAAUUCUACUUCAUAUCGAUGAAACAUCUUGCCAAAGGUCGAGAUCUUCAUGAGGCCACCAUGGAAAUAGAGAAUCUCAAGGACAGUGCAUGUCUUCUCAAACAGAGCCUUCGGCAAUUUAGUGAGAAAUUGGAGACGACACGGGAGAGAAUUGAGGGAGCUGCUAGGUUGCAUCAUCUGCUGGGCCUGCAUCUCAAAGAGGAUGAUGUGCAGCAGGAGAUGCAGAAAUUGGCAGAAAAAAUUGGGGAUCCGGGUCUUAUUGAGCGUUGUCGAGACAAUGCCAAAGCAAGGAGCAAGUGUGAAAAUCCCAUUGAGACCAGUACACCCCAGAGGCUACCACCUGCCAAGACUACCCCAGUUUCUAUCUGCGAUUGCUGGAUGGAUAGAAUGGAUCCGGAUACCAAACAACCACUGCCUCUGCUGGCAGAAGAAGAGAAUGAGGACCGUGAACUUAGUGAAGAGGCAAAUCUCGAAGAGGACGAGGAAGAGCACUCCAAAUUGGCAGAUUCUGGUCUUGGUGGAUGUGAUCGAUGUGAGGGCAAUGACAAAUUGACACGGGCAUGUUCAUGCCAGAGCUUCGAAGAUGCCACUCUGGCGUGCGUAAAGAGUAACAACAGUGACGAUCUCGAGGAGGAUUGCUUUGAAUCACAAAAGCAACAUACCGACAUACCAGCACCCUUUCAGCCAAAUUCCCAUCUACAUUGUCAUUCGUCCAAUCUCCAUUUGACCGAGUUGGACGAGGAGACUGGCUUGGAUCAGAAAACACAGAAGACGCUUCUCUUGAUCAUGCGAGAAAUGAUCGGAACGGAACGCGACUAUGUCAGAUCGCUGCAGUAUAUAAUUGAAAAUUACACCCAGGAAUUGCUGAGGGAUGAUAUCCCACAGGCACUGAGAGGUCAGAGGAAUGUCAUUUUUGGGAAUGUUGAGAGAAUCUAUGAAUUUCACCAGCAGUAUUUCCUAGAAGAGCUCGAGAGAUUUGAGAAGAAUCCCCUUAAAGUAGGAUCAACCUUCCUGCGACAUGAGAGUAAAUUCUAUCUCUAUGCCCUGUACAACAAGAAUAAGCCUAAAAGUGACUCCCUGAUGAGUGAAUACGGAACGGCAUUCUUCAAGUCUAAACAACUGGAGUUGAACGACAAGAUGGAUUUAGCGUCGUAUUUACUGAAGCCUGUGCAACGAAUGGGAAAGUAUGCGCUUCUUCUUCAACAACUCAUGAAAGCUUGCUCCAAUAUUCAAGGAUCAGCGCAGAGGUAUAUUGCAGAAGAUCUGGAAGAACUCCAAAAGGCUGAGGAAAUGGUUCGUUUUCAAUUGCGCCAUGGUAAUGAUCUCCUUGCCAUGGACUCUCUAAGAGACUGUGACGUUAAUGUCAAAGAACAAGGAAGACUCCUGCGUCAGAAUGAAUUUCUCGUGUGGCAAGGACGUGGUGGGAAGAAAUCAUUGCGACAGGUAUUCUUAUUUGAAGAAUUAGUACUCUUCAGCAAGGCCAGGAGAUUUCCUGAUCGGAAGAAUCUCGAUCUUUAUAUCUACAAAAACAGCAUAAAAACGUCCGAUAUUGGUUUAACUGCCCAUGUUGGUGAUUCAAGUACAAAAUUCGAAAUUUGGUUCCGCAAAAGGAAGCCCGAUGACACAUGGACACUUCAGAGUAUGUCUGAGGAUAUCAAGAAUGUAUGGACCGAAGAGAUUUCCAAGCUCCUUUGGAAGCAAGCCAGGAAAAAUCGAGAAAUCCGACUUCUAGAGAUGUCCUCAAUGGGCAUUGGAAGCAAACCCUGCCUUGACAUCAGACCGAGCCAAAAUCAAAUCAAUGAUCGUUCCAUUAGUUUUUCACAACUUGGCAAAACACCCAAGUUUCGAAAUUCUUUCACUGGCAGUCAGACGGAAGUGAAGACCGCUCGUCGUCCCAAUUCCAUAAUUUCGGUGAGCAGUAUGUCAUCUGGGACGAGUAGUUCAUCUGUGAGUACAAGUGCUGGUUCUAGCAAUGGAAGUACCUCUGGAGCUGGAAGCAGCAACUCCAGCGCGAAUCCGUCACGAUCCUCUGCCAAUACUCUCCAACUGGUGGAGGAGAAUGUUCCAAUUACCACAUGUAUUGCAUCCACUUUGGGCAGUACGCCGAGUGGACGAAAACACCACCGUUCGACUACAUUGGUCAGCCAAUGUUCCAUGGAAAGUGGAAUAAUUGCUGAUAUUUCCCUGUCGCCGGAUGAGGCCAGCGAUUUCCCGCCAAAUUGGAGUCACGCACUGAAAAAGUCACAGAGCUCCGCAUCAACGUCUGAUAACCAAAAACCUGCCACAAAUCCAGAAGAGAGGCCACAAACCAGUACACCAUCACCAUCAUCUCCAAAUCCUUACAUCACUGACUCAAUCACCGUCCACCUCUAAUGCUGAGGUAGCCCAAAAACAUUAACUUCAAUCUUGCUGAAUUUAGACGCUUCCACUCUUGAGUAAUAUAUAUGUACAUAAACAUAUUGGAGCAACAUUUACUGAACUUUUACACCAAAUUUCCAAGACGCAAUCACACACAUACACUCAAAAUCACCUGAAACACCAUUCUAUACUGCAAAUUCCUCAAUAUCUUUUCAAAAUUUUCUGUCUCCAGAAAAAAACCACAGAAAAAAUGUUAACUUACAAAAAAAUCACACACAAUAAACCACUUUUCCAAGUUUCUGUUUCAAAAAAAAAACAUAUUGCAGUUCCAGAUGUACCUACAUAAACAAAACAUUAUAAUAUUUUACCCACUAAUGCAACUCUUAAUUAUUAUAUUAUUGAGUAGAUGAGAUUGAAAUUAUUUCUAUUUUACUAUAAUUUAAUUGAACAAAAAAAUAUCUCUAAUAAUGUUAUAAAUUUACGUAUUUGUCACUCUAUUUUCGCCAUUUUAGCCAUUAAGUCUGCCAGAGAGAAGAAUAGAAUUAUUAUAUUAUACAAUUUAUUCUUUCCAAAACUUUUACUAAUAGUUUCCAAAUAUACAUAUUUUAUUCUUUUUGUGUAUUUCACACACUUUUCUUGAAUAUAUACAAUAUGCAUUAUACAGCAACAAAAA